AUGCUGAAUCAGCGAUUGUACAACAGCCAACGAAUAGACACGUUUCACACGCCAGCGAAGUUGGAUCCACAGAGCCCGAGCCCUUAUGAAGCUUCGCCAGAGCGGCGCUCGCCGUCACCCACCGAACGUCCGUCUUCCACUCCACUGAGCUUCGAUGCUCGGGACGGUCAGUAUGGCCAUCGAUUGGUGGACCUCGUGAACAAUUGGAAUGAGGACACCAGGCGCAUGAUUCGAGAGGAGCUGACUUUGAACUCCCGGGCCGAGCUAACGCAGCCUUCCUCUCCGGCCCCUCUGGAUGAUUCUUCUUUACAGACGAAUCUGCAGACCAUAUUGGCCGAAGUGAGGCACCUGCAGCACCAGUCUGCAGGUUGGUGCGACCACUGUGGGGCUCUCGGGCGGGUAGCCAUUGCUCAGGAGGAGCUGACUGAGAUGGUUCGCGGACACUUGAUCCUCGAGCGGACCAGCACGCCUAAUCGAACUGCAUGUGCCACGCCGAGCACGACAGCUUCAGACACGCAGGCCACGCUACAAAAGCUGGGGACCGAGCUGACAUCAGCCUUCGAGGAGAUGCAGAAGGCAUUGAAAGGGAGUGCAACCCUCGUGGAAGAUGCAAGGCGCGUCCAGGAGAAGCAGCCACAACAACCUGCCAUCGCUCUAGACAACGAGCCGCUGUUGAGUGAUCUCCGGCAGGUGAAGGAGCUGAUUGGAAGUGCAGCCGGCACUUCGUUGGCAGCAGAUGUGAGAGACCUCAAGGAAUCCCUCUUGCUGGUGCAGCGGAAGAAUGAGCAGGACUCCAAGCAUCUUCUUCAGCAGCUGGAGUAUCUAGCCGACAUCGUCACGGUGAGCAACUCCAAGGAAGAAGACCCUCCUGCUUCACAGUACAACCAGCAGAAGAUGCUCGAGGGCCUGCAGCAUGUCACUGAGCUCAUCAGCAUCGACCACCGCAAGGCCCGCGAGGAUGCCGAGGUGGUCCGACGGUCGGUCUGCGUUCUGGAGGCCGAGGUCUGCCAGUUCAAGGACUCUGUGGCGAGCUCGCUGCAGCAGUCGACAGAGGAGAUGUUGCGACGGCUGAGGGUCCUCGAAGAUCUGGUUGCGACAAGCCAACAGACAGCCCAGCAGAAGACCGCUCUGCAGCUGGAGAAUGUGGACCAGAAGGUGUUGCUGCAAUCAACUGUGGUUGCGGAUGUUAAGCAGGACGUCCUGACGGUGAAGGAUCAUGUCCUUCAGUGUGAAGAGAGACUCAAAAAGGCACCCCGACAAGCAGAUCUGACCGCGGCGGUGAAGAGAACUUUCGAGGAGAUGUCCCAAGAGUUUCAUGCAGAGUGCAGACAGCUCUACCUGAAGCCGAGUUUCCAGGUGAGCUUCCCGGAGUCCUUGAACCAGGACCUGCGUGAGAUCAAGGAGGCCGUGGAAACGGAGAGGCGAGAGCGGGAGCAGUCAACGGUCGCAUCCUCUGCCGAGUUCACGAACCUUACCAAGGAGGUGCAGAAGAUGGGACAGGACGUUCAGGGGCUGGAGGUCACUGUCACUGAGCGGGUGAUGUCCGAAGUUCAACACGUUCAAGAUAUCUUCGCGAUUCUGGAGAGCAACUUCCUGGGAGUGGUGCGGAGCCAGCUCGACAAGGCGACGGCCUCCUUCUCCAGCACGACCUCCAUGUUCAGGACAAGCUUGAGGCGGGAUGUGGAGAAGAUGCUGAAGGACACCACCUCGGGCCAGGCCCAUCGGUCGCAAACCACAGCUCCAGCUGCGGAGGAGCCAGGGGACACAACGCACUCCUGCAAGAUGAUCGAGACCAUCUUUGCUUGUUUCAGCGCCUUCGAGUUCUGCUUGCUUGUCACCAGCGCGAUGCUGGAGCUGCAGACGCAAGACAGAUUCCUGGCGGCCAUCGCCAUCGUGGUAGGUCCAUACCUGCUCAACUGUGUGGCUGUGCUGAUGUUCUUCUUCCUUCUGACCGAUGCAUUGGCCAGGUGGAUGAGGCAGAACUGGGGCCAUGCACAGCGCCUCCUGGCCCUGGCAGUGCUGAGACCGGACUGGCUGCGCGUCUUCAGUCUCUAUGCACCGCAGCUGCGGUCGGCGCCGAAUGCCUGGGAACAGCGCCGGUGGCAAGAGGCCCUCCGGAGGCGUACCGCGCUGCUGCAGCAGGAGUGUGAUGAGCUCAAGCUGUUGGUCCGGCCGACGGAGGUGGCUCACCCAGAGGGGGACGUCGAGGCAUAUCGCCCGCAGGUGACGGCACUACACGAGCCACAGCACGGCAUGCGCGCACCGGCCGCGGCUCAUGCACACGUAACUCUCCGGAACCACCAUGCCAGCAGCCAUCAGGAUGCGCCACCGCCACUGGACAGCUCGGGGCUUGCGACUUCGGCGCCCCUGAGGUCAACCAGCAUCCCUGCUGCCACAGGUGCAGCGCCUCCGACUUCGCCGCUGCGGAAUCGAGAGUGGGACGGAUGGCUCAGGACGCACUCGCAGCAAGAGGCGCAGCGAAGCCCAGGAUCUGGCUUUCCGAGCCCAAGCAGCCCUGGCAGCCCCGUCAGUGCCCCAGGGCUUGGACGACCGGGCCCGGGCCUGGGCGCCACGUCUCCGCGGCGAGGCAGAGGAGCCGAUGGCCAGGCCCUGGGCAUCGUGCCACACAUGCCGAAGUCGGUGCAAGGUACUGCCGCAACCAGCGUUGGUGCACUUCCGGAAGCAGAAAUCCUGCCUCACUCUUGCUUGGUUUGUGGCCUCGCGCCACUCAGCACACCGAAGAGAACCGCGGCACACUACAAUUUUUUCAUGUGUCUGGCUACCCUGGCUUUCGCUUUGUACAGCGAGUUGCCCAAGGUUUGGGUGACCGUGAUCUUGAUGUCGCAGUCGGUGGAGCCCGUGUCUGCCAUCGUCCGCGUGCCAAUUGUCACCAUCAACGGCCUGUAUCUGCUCUGGUGCCUUCUGCUGGUUUCGCACCACCUCCUGUCCUGGUGUGGCUGCAGACGGGUGACCGUGCACACUCAGCAGCCGAGCAUGCUCAGAGUGUCAGCUACUGUGUCGGCAUCGGAGGAUGCUGUGAUUCUUCACUGGCAACACCCAGCGGUGCCGAAAAAGGGCAUCGAGCCGGACGAGUUUCUCUGCGCGCUCUACAACCUUCAAGGCCAUGAUGCCGACAGGCCUAUCCGGCUUCAGCGGGUACCGGCUUCACAAGUUGACCCGGAGACUGGAGGGCUUCGGUGCUACUUCGGUGACCUCUGCCCGGGCAGCGGCUAUGUGGCAGCAGUGACGGCGGCACGGGGUGGCCUUGGACUCGGGGAGCCAGCUCGACUUCCAUGCCGAACUUUGCCGCACGUGUUGCCAGCCAUCCCUGACCAUGUGGUCCUGAGGAAUUCUGGUCCUACUUGGGCGGAGCUCACUUGGGAAGAGCCUUGCGAGCUUCUGCUGGAGCUCUCCAGCGAGGGCUUUCGGCGCACAGAGCUUGUGUCGCCUCCGGUGCAGCUGGAGGGGCUGAGGCCCAACACCGAGUAUGCUGUGGCAGUGAGCACGCUCUGCGAGAAUCGUCAGCUGGUGCCGAAGCUGUCCUUCGUGACGCCGCAGGAAGACUUGGGUUCUGGUGCAAUGACUUCCCUGACAGCUGCCAUGAAAGACUUGGGGAGCAUCAAAGAGUCUCUGGGAGCCAUCCAUGCCGGGGCGGCCAACGCCGAGGUGCUCCGACACCUCGCAACGCUGCAGGACAGCUGGGCCUCGAUGCAGCUCCCCGGCGUUGCGGAAGAGCUGAAGAAGCUCAUGGACGCCAAUGACCAAAUGAAGAAGGACAUUUCAUUGGAGUUUAAGCCAGUGCCUUCCGGCAGCAAACGCCGGGCAUCCAUCAUACUCUCUCGACGUCUUUGUGAUAAGACACCGAAGGCAAAGGAGGGACCUUUGCCUGCAUUGUCGAAGCUUAUGAUUGCCCUCGAAUUCGCUGCCUGUGCUUCAACAAGAAGCCGAUCUGUGGCAGUCCGCGGUGAAGCUGUGCCAGAAAAUAGAGCCGUCCAGCCCCAAUCUACGUCCUUGUCGUCGCACGAGCUUUUGGCCGCUGCACUUAGUUUAUUGGAGUAA